CUGCCGUAGAAUCUCUCUGCGCACUAAAUUAAUUGUAAUUUCGUGACUCAAAUUUUCUGCCACUUUUCAGUGAAAAUAUUAAAUUUUUUUUGAGUAAAGCUUAAAACUAUAACUAACAUCUGCGUCCUGAAACAUACACUUAUAAAUCUUUUCAAGUACGAUGGACCGCAUAUUGUGAAACGCACGCUGGGUUUCGCAGGAUCAAUAUAUGUAGGCAAUGGAGAAACAAAGUAGACGACAGAUAGACUAAACUGUUGGUCUUUGACGACAAGGUUUAUAAAAAAAUACGUGUUUAAAGUUACGAGUAUUUUUAAUUAAAAUUCUAUUUAAAAAUAACUUGAAUAAUGAUGUACGCAAGAUCUUCGUUGUUUGAAUGUAUUCAAUUCUUUACUACAUAUCAAUCUCUCAUGAGAAUUCGAAAAUCAUUACGUACUUUUAAAUGAAACUGCUGUUUAAUAACAUACACUUUAAAAAAGUUUUUAAAAAUAUAAUUACUUCCCAAUAAAACUGAAACGUCAGAAAUUUAAGAAGGUGACAUAUAAUUUUUACACAAGUUGAUAAUGUUUCGAAACAUUGAAGUUUCAUUGGAAUCGUGAGAUUUUCCUUUUCCAAUUAUAGAUAAACAUUUACUGCAACGUUUUUCAACAAUGGAUUUAUCAUUUGACUGACCUAUUAAUCAAAAAGUGUUGUAAAAUACAUCGGGCAAAUAAAAUUUAUUUUUCACAACUGAAUCAUUAAAAAGGUACUUUUUGAUAAUUGUCGAGCAAGCGUAAAAUAUCGUAUUUCAAGUGGUGUGAACAGAGACGUACGAAAUAUCUCAUUAUUACACCGCUGUGACUUAGAAGUCCAAAAGUAAAGCAAUUACUUCUGAAAAUUGCUUAAUUGUGUACUUUAAAGAAUUAAUGAAAACUUUUAAAUCGCCUACACUCUGGUCUUAACACUCCAUGCUUAAAAGCACAAUUGCAAUUUAUGAAGGUAUUUAGAUCAAGAAGUAAAAAACAUUAACCGCUCUUUUAAAAAGUUUUACUCGUGGAUACCAGGGAAAGAAAGCAAAAGUAUUUACAGCUGAGCAAGUUCAAGAGUUUUUGCAAAAAGCUUUAGACAGAAUAUACCUUGCAACAAAGCUUGACGAAGUAAGAACAUUAAAAAUUUUGUCAUCAAUAAGAAAUGGACACAUGUUGGUUUUUCGUGACCAUCUUUACUGUUGGUUAUGCGCUUCCAGACAUCAUAAGGAUAGGUGGUUUAUUUCACCCUACAGAUGACAAACAAGAAGUAGCUUUUCGAUAUGCUGUAGAGAAAAUAAAUGCAAAUAGGGAUAUUUUACCAAAGUCGCGACUAAGUGCGCAAAUAGAACAAAUUUCUCCACAAGAUAGCUUUCACGCUUCUAAACGUGUAUGCUACUUGUUAAGAAAUGGUGUUGCUGCAAUCUUUGGACCUCAAAGUUCGCACACAGCUAGUCAUGUACAAAGUAUUUGUGAUACAAUGGAAAUUCCUCAUUUGGAAACUCGAUGGGACUAUCGUCUCAGAAGAGAAAGUUGUUUAGUUAAUCUCUAUCCUCAUGCAACAACCUUAUCGAAGGCAUAUGUAGAUCUAGUCAAAGCUUGGGGAUGGAAAAGUUUUACUAUAAUUUAUGAAAAUAAUGAAGGGUUAGUACGUCUACAGGAGCUUUUAAAAGCUCAUGGCCCUAGUGAGUUUCCAAUUACUGUGAGACAGCUUGGGGAAGGCCCUAACUAUAGAGAACUUCUAAAACAAAUAAAAAACUCUGCAGAAUCGCACAUUGUUUUAGAUUGUUCUACAGAGAAAAUAUAUGAUGUUCUAAAGCAAGCGCAACAAAUAGGAAUGAUGACUGAUUAUCACAGCUAUCUUAUUUCAUCUCUGGUAUGAUAAGCAAUUAAAUUUGUAUAUAUUUCAUAUUAUAUGGAUUUUUUUAAAGUUAAACGUCAAAAACAGAUCUAAGGGACACAAGAAUAUUUCCCUAUAAGCAUUCACAAGCUCUCAGUCUAGGGAUUUCUUUAAUAUUAUAAUAUUUCUAUCCUUUUAAUUUAUGAAGUACAUCUUGUCAGCUGUGUGCACAAAAAUAUAUAUCAUACACGGGGAAUCUGAAGGAUAUCCCAUGAGAUGUCACACAGAACAGAAAUUUGGAUAUCCUAUGUAGGAUAUCCAUUCAAUAUUCUCAGUAUAUCCCUGGGGUAUCCAAAUUUUCAUCCCAUGGGAUAUUCCAGGGCUAUCUAAGAGAUAUCGCGGUAUGAAUAUGGGAUAACCACAUAAUAUCCCAUGCUGUAAGGGUAUAUUCUUAAUUUUUAUUAUUCAAUAUAAUAAAACGCGUAUGAACUAUAUCAUCAGAUAAGAUUUUUAAAAUAUAGCAGAAAUUUAUUAAUGAAAUUCUUAUUGAUUUGUUUUGCUUAUUCUUAUUCUAUAUUUAUUUUAUUAUCUUUUAUUUUUUAAGUGUUUGUCGCUUUUCAAACUAAAUUAGUGGAUGUUACAUCCCGACAUAUAUAAAUUUUCAUUUUAUAUAUAGAAUUAUAAAAAUUGCUAUUAUGCGAAUUUUCCAAUAGCCCCUUUCCAUAGGCAGUACCGAUUGCAUUUAAAAUUCACGUAUAUUAAUUAGUUAUAUAUUUAAAUAAAAGGGAUAUGUUUAUAUGUAUAUAAGAGUAUGUGCGUAUGUACACACAUAAAAUUAUAUUAUUCAUAUACCUAAUUGUUUAAAAGUUUUUAAAUUAUCAACUGAAUCUUUUAAAGGAAAUGUUACCAUCUCAUUCAUUAUCUUGAGAGAUGAUAAAUAAUCGACAUAACUAUUAUCAUAGUGAAGUCGGUAUGAUAGAGACACAUACGAUUAUAAGAAAAAUCGUACGUGCUCUUAAACGUUUUAGCUAAAAACGUGCUCUUAAACGUUUUAGCAAAAAUCGUGCUCUUUUUCCAAAUCAUCCCCAAUGAAGUAAUGAAUUGACUAGUAUAUAAACCCAUUGCAAAUUAAGAGGAGAUCUCAAAAGUUCCGGUGUAAUCUCCGUGAUUAAUAUCAUUAUUGAGCGACCCUUCAGUUUAUUUCGCGAAAGUUAAUCUAUUCUUUCCUGUGACAAGGUGCAAGUUUUUGUGUUUCACUUAGAACGAAUUCUUUCCUGAAAAGGUGCAAGAGAAGCAAUAUUAAUAUUUAGAACAUAGUUCUUUCCUGAAAGAGUGCAAAUUAAAUUAUUUUUCAUUUAGAAUAGUUUCUAUUUAGAAUAGAUAAAUUCAUUGAUUUAACUGUCGUAAUUUUACAAUAAAAUAAAGCAGAUUCUUGAUUAUAAUUCACAAAUUGCUUCUCUUUCACAUUCAGAAUAGAGUUCCUUCUUGUACAGGUGUAAGUGACGUAAUACAACGAAUUAUAACUCGAAAUAGAACGCUUUAUUAUCAAAAACAUUAAAGUUGUGUGAGUGUCACAGAAUUGUGACCCGACAAACUGUAUCUUCAUUCAUUCAAAGCAAAUUCCGAGGUCUUGUAUAACAACUCAGCGACUUCAUUGAAAUACGAAUCUUCCUCGUAAAAGUGAGUAAUCAUAUAUGUAAUCUAUUUUCUUAAAUCAUAAUUAUAAUAAACUAUUAUAAAAGGGAA